AUGUUUGGAAACCGUACAGACAAGUUACAGGACUCACUAAUACAACUCAGGAUUGCAGCGAAGCAAGUAAUGCGCUUUUCUGAAAAAGCAGCAAGGGAAUCUGAAGUGCAAAAGCAAAAACUAAAAAAGGCUUUAACAUCCGGAAAUGUUGAGUGUGGCAGGAUUUAUGCUGAAAAUGCUAUUAGAAAACAGAAAGAGUCAACUAAUUACCUUCGGAUGGCAUCUCGCUUUGAUGCUGUCCAGUCACGCGUACAAACUGCUCUCACAAUGAAUCAGGUGGUGAAAAAUAUUGGUUCUGUCUCUAAUGAACUUGAAAAGGCGAUGCGCACCAUGGAUUUGGAGAAACUCGAAAAGGUCAUGAGUAAAUUUGAGUCUCAGUUUGAAGAUCUCGAUAUUCGUUCUUUAACUAUGGAAAAUUCCAUGAGGAAUAUCUUUACUCUUUCAGCUCCUGAGGAUGAGAUUAAUUCGCUGAUAAAGCAGGUGGCAGAAGAAAACAGUCUUGAAGUUUCACAUGCUAUUGCAGAUGCUCCUGUUGUUGGUGGUACACUUUCCGUUAAUUCAGAGUCAUCUAGGGAUGCUGAAGAUGACGCUCUUACAAGAAGGCUUGCUGCACUCCGUCAAUAA